ACUACGAAUCAGUUCACGUUCCGAUUUCUAGUGACGUCACAUCUUUUGACGGCAGGUGUCUGCAUUCACUCCCAUGCAGUACCGGUUCGCAUUCGUUCUUCUGCGGUGGCCAGUGCAAGAUGGCAAAUGGACUCCCUCCGCCAAGCAUUAAGAUAGGGGAAUACUUGCUGAAGUUUGAAGAGGAGGAACUGGGAGAAGAGUUUGAGGAACGGGCCAGGAAGGAGUUGCGUGAGACACCGGAGGUUGUGGACGACGCCCUCGUCGCCCUAAGGGAUCUGAUACGAAAUGACAAGAAAUUACUUUUCCCAUUGGAUGAUGAAAAAAUGCUAAUUCAGUUCUUGCGCCCUUGCAAGUACUAUCCGAAUAGUGCAUAUGAGAAGGUAAAGAAGCUGUACACGUUCAAGUUCCGGAAUCCAAAGCUGUAUGAUGAACUGGUGCCCUCGGCGUUAAGGAACCCGCUUCUUCAAGACGUUCUCACAGUUCUGCCUCUUAGAAAUCAGUGGGGCCGAAGAAUAUUCUUAGUUGAAGUUGGAAAUUGGAAAGUGAAAGAUGUUUCGCUGAACGAACUUUUCAGAUGCAUAUUGCUACUAGUAGAAAUAGCCAUCACAGAAUAUCGCACUCAGAUUAGUGGCGUAGAUGUAAUUUUUGAUCUGGAAGGCCUCAGUAUUCAGCACAUCUACCAAGUCGGCCCCUCCUUCGCCAGUAAUAUUCUCCACUGGGCUCAGGAAUGCGCUCCACUUAGGUUUAAAAGUCACCACAUUGUGAACCAGCCUUAUGUAUUCAACAUGCUCUUCGCAAUCUUCAAGCCCUUCCUGUCACAGAAGUUCCGAAAUAGGAUAUAUUUUCAUGGCAAGGAUUACAAAUCCCUUUUGGGCCACAUUGACGGAAAGUACUUACCGAAGAAGUACGGAGGGACGAUGGAUAUAACACCCUUCAACAGAAUGGAGUUCUAUGAACUCUUGUACAAAUAUCAGGACGCUUUCGAAGAGACCAACAAGUAUGGUUAUUACAAGAAAAAGUCUUAAACAAGAAGAGCGCUUAGGGGUCAGGCAACUUGAAACUGGCCAAACGCACAGAAGUCAGAAUAUGUCUCUAAAAAGAGCAAACUUCAGAGUUUAAUAAUAUUUUUAAGUGGGUCAUCAUCUACAAAAUUUCUCAUAUCGUACACUCGAAAUGAUUUAACGAACAAUUGAAUUUCCAAAGCGAAAUUUGCGUUAUCCCAACAUUUGUUGUUCAAAUGAGCAUAUAGCAUUGGAGAACUGUGUGUUAAACAGAUAAUCAGACUUUCAACAAUAUCUUAACCAAUUGCUACGUGCCAACAGUGUAACAAUAGAACCAAACGUUCAACUCCGCAAAUAAUACAGACCAUCAUUGUAUACUAUCUUUAAUCAUUCACAUUCACAUCUGAUCUUCGAAUCAUAUCUCCUUAUUCUCCGCCUCUUGUUUUCAUUUUCGAAUUCUGCGUUUAUCAAGAGGUUACACUACCGCAGUCCUGGACAUACUCUUGUUCCCCCAUCCUAACCUUACGCCUACCCGAUCACAGCUUAUUAGAAUGCAAUAUGUGCCUGAAUCCAAGUUUCUUUUCAUGAAAUAUUCGCAAGUACUAGCUUUCUUCAUUCUUCGUAUGUACAAACAUACGAGUAUUUCCCUGCUCACUUCGUUUUCUGGCACUUAUGAUUUAUGUUCUAUACUUUCACAGAGUAAAAAGCAUCGUUCAUACCCAUAUACGAGUAUAACAAACCACCAAAACUACUGCUUAAGAUAUUUUUAUCCUAAUCUCCAUCGUUUUGGAAUACAGAUGUUAUAAUACAGGAUGUUUAAUCAUCGAGGAAACCGGGGAAGUAGCGUGAGUCGCAUACAAUAUUUCUCACAGAUUUCUGCUGUAACUGCCGAUCGCGGAACGAGUCAUAAACGCGAGCACUCGCUAGAGUAGAGCGGAUGGAUCGUUUCUCCACGACCGUUCCCUCACAUCAGUUUCCGUACAUGCACACAUUUAUUAGAAUGCCGCAAAAAGAUAACACAAACUUACCGUGCUUUAUAACAGGUGCUGAAAGUGACCCCCUUCUGCUUGCAAACAUGCCUUGCAUCCCAAGUUGAUCCACGGUAACUGAACUAAUUACGCGUCUUAUUUCAUUUUGUUAUUUUAUACGGGCGAAAUUUGAUUAAUUUUGUGGCUGUGAAAGCAGAUCCUAGCGAAACACUGGUUUUCUGUGUUAAGCGUCUUAAUGAUUUUCGAGGACUACAGAUUUGUAGUCGUGCCACAAUAUCCCGAACUUUUUCUUCAGUUAGCACAAUCCUCUUCGAGUGCUUCUUUAUGUUACACACCGAACCUGUGGCCCGCCACUUUUUCACAAGCUUGGAUACACACGACUUUGUGGGAACUGGCGCGUUAGGAUAUUUACGAUUAAACUUACCGAUACUUUUAAGUUUCUUUACAUUGAAAAUUUUUGACAAUAAACACACUCUGUUCAACAGUGAACUUCAUUUCAGUAUAAAUGCUGACCUCCUAUCCAAAUCUCUAACACAGACUGACAGUUACUGCGACUUAAUUGUAGUGACAGGAUCACGCACGACCGUGCGCGUUUAUCAGCGCUAAUGAAUCAUUCUGCUAUCGGGAGUUACAGCAGCAAUCUGCGAGGAAUUUUGGGUGCGGUCAGCGGCGUAGCGAAGUUUCCUCAGUCCUUGAACGCAGUGUACUAUUUGAACUGAAGAAUGACAAGCAUUUCCAGAAUUUACGUUUCUUUAAUUUUAUCAUAAUCCUGUUUCUGUUUGUGUUGUUUCUUACAUUUUGAAAACAUCCUCCACAGAUUCAUUAUCAAGAACUAAAAUUACUACAACUAAAUUGAGGAAAGCAAUAACAACAAUAAAGUAAAAAUCUUAACUCCCCAAACAACACUAAAUAAUUUAAAGAUAGAAGAACACGUCCAUUCCAAGUAAAAUAUAUUAACAUAGCAGUUUCUUUAAUAAUUUAAUUUCUUCCAAUGUAAAUUUACAGACUGAAAUUGGUUUUAAGCCUGCUAUUUAUAAAAUAUACGCUGGAUCUGUGUCUACUGCUUGGCAUAGUCCUAAAUUAAUGCAAUUCCUUCACGUCUUAGCAAGGCUACGUAAAAGCUACAACAUUUUUUUAACUCUUAAUGUGUGAAGCAUGUUCAGGGAAGGCCAAGCAAAACUGGACACAAAUUGUACUGAAUUAUGUUGAGUAACACGCAACACCUUGUACAUGAAUAUUAUGUUUAUAUGAGAUAAAUGUAAUGUAAAACUCUUAAAAUGCUCUAACCUUAGAAAGUGAGGUCUCGUUUUUAAAUAUAUUGUUCAUAGAAAUUUGUACGACCUUUUUAUGUGAACGUUUUAUAAAUAUGAAUAUAGAGCAAAAUAAAAUAAAUAAAAUAAUCUAUAA